GUCUCGUUGUAGUUGUCAGUCGUUACAUCUUUCAUUACGACGUUUUUCUAUCAUGGCGGCCGCCGUCGGUAGGAUUUGUGGGGCACGUCUUUUGAAAAACUAUGGGAUAGUUACACCCCAGGUUUGUCAGCUGUCCACUGGCGCUCAAGGAUGGACAAGAAAUAGGAAAAUAUGGCUCUCAACAUUGGGAGUCGUUUCUGGAGGUGUCGGGGCACUGCUGUUUGCACUAGAACAGUCUGUACAAGCGUCAGGAUCUGAGGCUCAUCCACCUCACCAGCCUUGGAGCCACGAUGGCUGGUUCAAGUCACUUGACCAUGCUAGUGUACGCCGUGGCUACGAAGUGUACAAGCAAGUGUGCAAGGCCUGCCACUCCCUGCAGUACAUCGCCUUCCGAAACCUCGUCAAUGUGACUCACACUGAAGAAGAGGCGAAGGCCGAGGCUGCCGACGUGAUGAUUAAGGACGGUCCUGAUGAGGAGGGCAACUUCUUCGAGAGGCCAGGCAAGCUCUCCGACUACCUGCCUUCGCCCUACCCCAACGAAAAUGCUGCCAGGGCUGCCAACAACGGUGCUUACCCCCCCGACCUGUCUCUGAUCGUUUCGGGCCGCAAGGGAGGCGAGGACUACAUAUUCGCGCUUCUCACCGGCUACAUGGAAGCGCCCGCCGGCGUCGUGCUGCGCGAGGGACAGAACUACAAUCCGUACUUCCCUGGUGGCGCCAUCUCUAUGGCACAAGUACUUUUCGACGAGGCGGCCGAAUACAGCGACGGCACUGUCGCGACGGCGUCGCAGCUGGCCAAGGACGUGUCGACGUUCCUGCGGUGGUGCUCCGAGCCCGAGCUGGACGAGCGCCGCCUGAUGACCAUCAAGUCCAUGGGCAUGUUCACCUUGAUGGCCGUAGUCGCCUACUACUUCAAGCGACACAAGUGGUCGACCAUGAAGUCUAGAAAACUAGCCUACAAACCCGUCUCUAAGAAAUAAACCGCCACCAUACAGCAGUAGUAUAAACAAACGUUUUAGACAAUUUUUUUCGAUAGGCACAGUAACAUGUUAUUUGUUUAUAAUAUUAAAUUAAUUUAUUUUAUAUUUCAUCGCGUUUAUUUCUUUCCUCAAGUUUCAUAAUCAUGUUGCUUCGCUGUGACCGCUGUUACCAUACGUCAGUAUAAGUGUUGCGCAUCGUAGGGCGAGGGAGAUUAGCCGGGUGCGAUACUAUGUAAUAUUAUGAUAGAGCAUUUCUUCAUCUCGUAUGUUGGAUGUUAUAGCACAGUCAAAUUACUUAAUUUUAGGUAAUCAUAUUAUAACUGUGCUUGUGAUUUUCCAUUAAAGUUAUAACUGUGAAUCAGUGUACAGUUGAAUAAAUGAGUUAUUGAAAAUCAGAA